AUGGCCUCAACAACAACCUCAAUCCCCCGCUUCCUGCUCCCCCAGUCCGGCCUGAUCUGGCGGCGGGCAGUCCGGGUCCCGCUCCCGGCCCGGGUCCGGUCACGCACCCCGUCGUCCUCUCCCACUCCGAACCGCAUCUUCCUCCGCCUAGCUAGCAGCAGCAGCAGCGAUAGCAGCAGCAACGACAAGGCCAACACACUAGCGAAGCCGGAACGCUUCAACCCGCCCUCGCACGGCUCCCGGCUACCCAGGGGGACACCCCCACGACACUACGGCGGCGAGCUCAACUACCAGGAGGCCAAGGCCCAAGCCAGCCGCGACUACCCAGGCCUGCCCCCGCCUCGCAACUCGAUUGCCCACUGGUUCUUGAACAACCGCUGGAUCCAUGUUGUUAUCACCGUCGGCACCCUCACCGGCCUGUCAAUCUACACCUUCGCAAUCAACUUCCAGCGCUCCUCCCCCUUCGCCCACAUGCUCCCCGCAGCAACCGACUACAUUUGGCACCCAAUCUCCUCAAUCCAGAUGCUAGCCGAGGUGACACGGCUACACGAGGGCCAUAAAGCCGAGCGGAUCUAUGAGAAGCGCCAGCGCAGCGUGGAUGAUGUGGGCAAGCGGGCGGCGUAUCGGCGUGCGCAUGGGUUGCCGGAGGAGAUGGGGCUGUUUAAUCAGCCGAUGGCGAAGAUUCGGAGGGAUGGGGAACCUGUGCAGGGGCAGGGGGAAGGGGAUAUGGUGGUGCAAGAAGGGGGGAAGGAGACGAGGAGGAAGUGGUUGGGUAUCUUUUGA